AACAAAAUCCCAAACCCACAAAACAAGACAGAAGGUAUUCAAUUCCAAUUGCUGUUACCGUUCCGUCAUUGAUCUUUUUGUUUCUUUCGAGUGUGAUUUUGAAGAAUGCACGGGAGAAAGGCGUACCAGCUAGUGAAAGAAUUCGCCAGUGGCGAAAAGGGGCAGCUCAAGCCUUUCAAUAGGGAGCUAUUUGGGAGAGUACUUGAAGAAUGCAAUGAACACCAUGGUGCACUUCAGUCCUUGAUAAGGAAAAUGCAGGAAGAGGGACUGGACGUCCAAACUGCUAGAAAUGCUGACCACUAUGGAGCGCUUAUCCAUCAUCUCUCUCUAACUCGAAACAAACGUUGCCUAAUGGCUUAUAUGUAUAAUCGAGCUGAAAUCAUACGAGUUUUGGCAUGGAAGGUGGGGUUGCUUCAUGAACUUCCAGAAGAAAUUCAAGAGAAGCUUAGUGACUCUGAGGAAGAGUACUUCAAAGAUCAUGCUAAAACUUUGAAAUCAUACAUGUCUCAGAUGGGCCUUGAUGUGAAUGUGGACAUGGUGCCUCCAAAAGAUCCCUACAUAAAGGUGAGAGUUCUUGAAGAUGUGGGUGGUGGAAUAAUUCUCAGUGACAAAUCAGCCAAUUUUGCACGCCACUCAAUGCACUUUCUGAAACGAACAGAUGCUGAGCAAUACAUUGCACGGGGCUUAAUGGAGGAGUUAACAAGCUGAUCUGAAAUAUAUCUUUCUUUAGCGCCUCUACCUUGAGUAUAAUCACAUUUUCUUGUCAUGUGCAUAGUGCAGUCAUCGCAAUAGCUCAGUAGUAAACACUCGUUCUUAUGCUUAAUGUGAAUUUUAGGAGAUAUAACUUGAAUGAAACAAUGGAAAUGAG